AUGUUGGGGACAAAUAAAUUGACAAUCUGGGUGAUGACAGGUGUAUUUGCUGUCACCACUGUUUUCUUCAAUGUUUACAUCUUGUUGAUGAGUCUAUUGAGAUACAGGCAGAAAAAGAAGUGGAGUCCCAGUGAAACCAUCAUUGUGGCUCUGUCCGUGGCCAACGUGGCUCACCAGGUGGUCUGCUACCUCUGGAUGACCAUGGACGAGGUGGACAGCAAGUGUCUCAUCGCUCACACGCCCUACACCAUCAUUCUGCUCAUCAUCUUCAGCCUGAAGUUCACCAUCAUGUGGGACACCAGCUUCCUCACUUUCUACUACAGCACCAAGCUGGUGAACACGCCCAACGCCUGCUACACGCACAUCCAGACCACCAUCCUCAAGCACGUGACCUUGGCAGUUUUCCUCAUCCUGCUCUGCGGCCUGGGUACCUGUAUGCCAAUGUUCGUGGUGUUCCACGCUGACAACAAAACCGAGACGAACAAAGAUUGCGGCAUUUUGGUGCCGGACACCCAGGCUGGCCAGAUUUACGAAGUCAUCUACCUGCUCCUUUCUGACGUGUUCCCAGGGUUGCUCAUGGCGAAAUGCUGCAUCUCCAUCUCUUUGCACCUGGCCAUCCACCUCCGUAACAUGAGAGCCAGCAGCAACGGAGCCCACCGCCCAAAGCUGGGCUCUCAGAUGAGAGUGAUCCAGAUGGCUUUAUCUCUAGUGGCCAUCUUUACUGUCUUCCUUGUUGUCGACCUGUACGUGAACUACCAGAUUUCUGUGAACCACGAGAGCGCCAUCGGGCUCACGCUCUUUUUCACGUCCAUCUACACGACCGGCACUGCCAUGGUGCUGAUCUACGGUAAAAAGACUAUGUGGAAACUUCUGAUUCACGACUACAACGUGUGCCUGGAUAUAUAUCCGUGUCUGUCUUGUCUGAAGGUGCCUGAAGAAAAAGCUACAACCAGAAGUGAAGCUACAACCAGAAAUGAAGCUACACCCAGCGCUCCUGCAUAA